AUGGGAGAAGGAAAUAAGAGAAACCGCAAUAGAGUUCCGCUGAGCUGCACGAUAUGCAGAAAACGGAAGGUAAAAUGCGACAAGAGUAGGCCACAUUGCACGCAAUGCGUCAAGACUGGUGUGGCACAUCUGUGUCACUACAUGGAGCAGACAUGGGCUGAAGAAGCCGAAAAAGAACUGUCCAAAGAGGCAGAGCUCAAGCAGCUGCGAGAAAGGAUCAAAGCGCUGGAAAAAAUGCUCUCCAAAAUGCACGCAGCCAGUAGCGAGACACCGGAAAGCACUACAGCAGGCGUAGAAGAGCUGACAGGCCCUCAAGAUCCCCUGCAAUCGUUCAGUCAGGAGCCAAAGCUUGUUGACAGCACUAAAUAUGACAGCGACGAACUGGAUCUAACAAGGCAGUUCGAUAUGUUACACCUGAAAAAUAACGGUACUGUCCAUCUGGGCGCCACGCACUGGCUGGCAAUCAUGAAGGGAGACCCCUAUCUCAAGCUUUUGUGGGGCCAUAUCUUUAUGAUGCGCGAAAAAAUGUCGGAGUGGGUCAUGAGCAGGAAAAAUGGCAGAAAUACAGGCUCCAUAGACGGUAGUGGGCCUUCAAAUGGCAGGAGCAAAUGCCCAGUCAUACACCAGCGUCCCUCUUCGAUCUGUCCUGUAUCUGGUAUGUCGGCGUCUGCGCUACGUCGUGAUGACAAGUGUCCAGUGGACCAUCAAACCCUUUUGGCCUCUGGCCAGAGGGACAACACCAAAGACACUUUUGAGAGUGCUGCGUUGACCGCAGGAGCUCGAGGUUCUGAGGUCUCUUCUAAUAGCGUUUUACCUCCUAAAUCGGCUGCUCGCACCCAGAUGACGGGCUGUCCCGUAGCGCACAAGUCUAUGCAGUCAAAUCGACUGACGAGACCUGAUUCUCCGGCAACAAACCAACAACCUAUAACGCUACCCUCGUUUGAUAAACUGGCAUCAAAAUGCCCAGUGAUUCACGACAGCUCCCCACCGCCGGCUGCCGGAUUAGGAACAAAUCCCGACAACAAGACACAGGAGCAGGCAAUCGCGGAAAUCUGUAAGCUGCUCCCACCGAAGAGGGUCAUUGCAUCAAUGCUUGAUAAAUUCUUCAAGCAUAUAUACCCUGUCAUCCCUAUCUUAGACGAGCGGAGCUUCAAGCAUCAAACAAAUCAAAUCAUACAGAUAAAAGAUGAGAAUCUAUUUUUGCAGUUGACCAAGCCUUCCGACUGUUGCAGUCUUGGUAUCCUGAUAAUCAUACUCAGACUGACAUGGCUGUCACUACCACAAAAUGCCUGUGACGUCAACCUUGGUCCACACUCUGGUGCACUGUUUGUACCAAGAGUAUCGACGUCGACCGUAGCGCAGUCAAGAGAAGAAGAGUUUUUGAUGAAAUAUGAAACGCCAGCCGAGGCAAUCCGACUUGUGCGAAAGUACUUAAUCCGGCUAGAUGAGCUUACGAGCUUCUCUAACAGCAAUGUUAAUCUGACCACGGUACAGUUUGCCAUCUUCUACAAGCUCUACUUGAUGUGCUGCACCGAGAAACCUGUUGACACCCAACUCAACACUUUCACCUCCACAAGUCAGGAUAAUGAAGCUCACCAAAUGCUGUUAUCAAGCAUAGUUCAGAUGGCCUUUAGCUGUGGACUCCACAGAGAUCCCGACAACUUCCCCCAGCUCGCCGCUCCCACGAGUGGAAAACUAAACAAAGAAGCUGUCUUCAAUGCUGAAAGACUCAAGCAUACGUGGCGCAAGACCUGGUACGUGAUAGUGUCUCUUGACGUUCAGCAAUCAAUGUCUUUAGGAUCCCCACGUCUACUGCGUAACUUACGGGAUUUCAGCGAUACAAAGCUUCCAUGUUCGUCCAAGAUAGACUACGUUCGUGACAUAAAGGAGCUCGUUGUUGUCAAAAAUUAUACCCUAUUCUUUCAGAUUGACUUAUGCAUAUCAGCCGUGCUCAACCAUAUUCUAAAUGUCUCCAUGGCAAAAACCGUGAGGAAGUUCGAAUUAGACUCCCUGAUCGGGAUAAUAAAAGAUGUUUGCUUUGGUGAUGGAAAUGUCAAUGAAGCACUAACAAAGCUCGUCAAUAAGGGUCUCCUAUUCACCACAGAGGGCAGUGUUGAUCAAUCGUCGGAUGAGUUUUAUCCUCUCCCUCCAUUGGAGGAAUUACUAUCACCAAUUCCUUCGUCCGACACUGAAAAGGAUAAAAAGGGAACCCUAUCACACGAGAGGACGACUCGCGCAUUAUUCUUCUCGAAGCAUAUUGUUUUACGGAUGCUACUUUAUUUGCUCAAUUAUAUUUUGUUCACUUACUAUGAGCCUAAGGUAGCUGCUGAUCCUGGAGCACGACCUUUGGCGAAAAUGUACGCUCAAGAAGCUCUCAAUUACGCGAUGGACGGUUUCAGAAACUGUCUCUUGUUCUUCACAAAUGUGAAAGCAGGGGAGAACGGGAGCGGUUCAAUUUUCAACCAUAUGGAGGUAGUAUUGGCUCCCCACUGCUUAGAUGUUGGCCAUAGAGCUCUUCAAUUCAUGGUUUGCUUGAUUCUACGUGCUCGAUGUGGCCCCCUGACCGGUAUGAAUGAAAGCUCCAUUUUGACUAGUGGGGCUUCUACCAGCAGCGAAGACGAAACGGACGUAAAGCAGACGAUUGUGCAAAGGAAAGGGGAUGUUGCGGAUAGUGGUGACUUGACAAGGCAAAUUGAUCUGGAUGCGGGGGACGACCUAGCCGAGAUUUUGAUGAUGCGAAUGACCUUAUUCCACAAACUGACGAAGCAGUUAUCCGCGAAGUUUUACUACGCUAAACGUAUGAUGAAGUCGACUGGCUUCUUCAUUAGUCUGCUGAAAACGCCGUCAGGAAAAUCAGCUGCCAACGAAAGGGACUCCAAGGCUACUCAGGGGCCUCCAAGCGUAUCUAAAAUGUCGAGAUUUUUCAGAAAUGUACCCUCACUUGUCAUGUCAGCCGGUGGUGAUCAAAUCAAAAGGUGUCCGGUUUACCAGGAUGCAAUAGGGUUUCUACCCACCACUAAUGCAACAACGUCGGCAGUACGGAAUCCACAUGAAAGUCCGGGGCAACAGCUACCACCCCUUUUCCCGGCCUAUCAGCCGAUUACAUACACAAGCAAUGACUUACGGCGUACGUCUGAUGUCCGAGAUUCAGAUACGAAAAGAAGAAAGCUUUCUAUGGGAAACAGUCGGGUGGGCUCACCCGCAGCAGCACCUUUGAAGAAUGAGAGCUCUAAUUUUUUAUCACCAUCGCUAGGGAGCCUCAAUGCUUCGCGUGUUGGAUCACCGACACCAUUCCCAUUCACUAGCGAGCAGUCGCCUCUGGCGCAAAACCCGCUCAAUGCUGUCGCCGCGAGUAAUCAAGAAAAGCAAGGAUAUCCUCUACCAUCGGGAUCUUUGAUAAAUUUUUCACCUGCGGCUCUAUCAGAAAACUCAUCCUCUGCUGACUAUGCUCCAGAAUUUGAAGACUUUUUGAUGCAGAAUUCCAACUUCAACGGCUUGAUGAUAAACCCUUCAUCCAUAGUUGAAGCUGUGGGCUUUGACACGCACAGCAACGCAGGAAGUACCGGCAGUCUUGGUGUCCCUGUUGACUUUCUGCCCAUUGACACCUCUGAAAUCGAUGGACUUGUGGACCUACAGCCAACAAACGCCGGCUUUCCUGCCUGGGAAUAA